AUGGUUCAGGUUAAGCGAAACUGCUGCUCCUCUCGCCUCAUCAACACAGUAGCAGUUAAGCAGAAGCAGUAUUUUUUCAGAGGUGACCUUGUUAUCCGUGACGCUGUCACUGGCGCCUGCACACGUGGUCCCCAGUUGCCGCCUGAUGCUCGCCUCAACAUCCAUCUGGCAGUGUCUGAUUCGCACAUUGUCCUUGUCAGCGAUUCGCCACAGGUACCAUAUGGGAAUGUGGAAAGCAUUGGUGAUACUAUUGUGCAUGUGCUGGGGGUGGAUGAAGCAGGCAUGCCACAUGGGAAGUGGAGAAAACUUCCUCCACGUCGGCGGAUGGGGUAA